UUUUGGGAACUCAUUGACCGAGCCGGCGUCGAGAGAUCCCUGGCACAAUGGGCAACUGAUCACUUGAAGGAACAUGGACGGCCACUUCGUAUCGCUGUCGACGCAGCCCAUUGGCAGUUCAAGGAUGUGUCUGACGCUCAGGAAGCUGAUAUCCAACAAAAAACACCAGGUUCCCACCCGCGAGAGAGGGCCAUCCUCGAACGUUUGCUGCCGUUGAUGCGGCUCGGUGUCCAUGUGGUAUUUGUCUUCGACAGGGAACAGCGUCCACAAAUCAAGCGGGGCUCCAAACGGCAUGGUCAACGAGAGUCGGCCACCACCCUCAUAAGAAACACGCUGGAUCACAUCUUCGUGCCUUGGCUCCAGGCACCAGGCGAAGCUGAAGCUGAGUGCGCUUUACUCCAGCAAAAAGGUCUCGUCGACGCAGUCUGGUCUGAGGAUGGCGAUUGCUUCAUGUUCGGCUCCACUGUUGUCAUCAGAGACCUGCGGGAUACCAAGAACCACAAGUUCAAGGAGCAUGCGCGAAUCUUCGACAUGAGAGACAUCCGUCGCUUGAAAGCUGGGGUUUACAAUAAGAAAAGCGUCACCUGUUUCGCCAUGCUUACCGGAUGCGACUACGGCCCUUCUGGACUUUUCGGCUGCGGGACAGGUCUCGCUCAAGAGCUUGUCAAAGACGGAGGCCUUGUCGAGGGGUUCUGGUGUAUUCAGACGCUUCCUCAAGCGAAUCAAUGGCGAACGCGUUUGGAGGAUUCGAUCAAGGGCAUCACCAGCCGGACAGAUCUGCACUUCAACAAGGAAAUGUCCAACAUCAUGACUUUCCCUGAUCUUCAGGCCCUCAAUAAUUGUCGCUCGCCAGUCGUGUCGGCUCUAGCCACACUCGAAAGGCUCUCUUUCCUGCAGGGUGAGUGGUAUGGCACCCACACAACGAAUAGCCUGGCAACCACGAUUCCUUGGAUGCAGCAGUACUACCUUUCAAGAAUGACCACUAUUUGGUGGGUCAGGCAGUUCACGCCCAUUGUACUGAACCAGAGGCUUCUUAAAGGCGAAGCUCAGGCUCUAGAUCUCGUCGCUAAGGUUACACAAAAACGCAAGGAGAGCCCAACGAGUUCCAUCGAACUUGACCCCUGCCAAGUGUUUCCGGGAAUCGAAAAUAUCUUCAUUGAAUCGGAGGGCAAUCUUUUAGUGAACAGAUGGCGAGGCGACCGAGAGCUAGCGGGCAGCCCGAUCAAGAAUGGAAAAUUCGACAUGCUGGAUGCAGUUCUGGGGCUUGGCAUGUCCGAUGAGGCGUAUCAGGCGUGGGAGGAAGAAAAAGAGGUCACCUCCAGCAGCCAAGAUUCAUCCGGCACAUUCAGCGCGGGCACCUCCACCUCCUCAGAUGAAUCUUGGCAGCCAAGUGCCUUUCCCGAACAGUUUUCGGGCGGACGACGGUGUUCUUGA